GAACAGAAAAAAAAAAAAAAAACAUGGCGAAAAGCAACGAAACUGAGGCAGUUUGGGCGGUAACGUCUGCUUCCCACUGAGAAGACGACGCUAGAAGCCGCUCUGGCUGAACUGGCAUCCGUCCAAACGUCCAGUUCUCUCCUGAACGGUGCAAAUGUCCAGCAGGAAGUGAGACGAGCCGCCUGUGGCAACACCGAGCCGAGAGGGAAGAGCUUCGGCUGGCGGCGGCCCCAGUCAUCCACCGCCUCCAGCUGUGCACGGCCUCUCCCCGGCCCGCGGCGCCUGCAGCCCGUAGCCAUGACGACGGGCGGCUGCUGCCACCUGCCCGGCUCCCUGUGCGACUGUGCCGGCGGCACGGCUCUGUGGAAGAGCGUGGAGGAGGCGGGCGGAGACGGCUGUCAGGCGCUCUACGUCACCCAGGUCACGGCCAUCGACGGGCGGCUGCUGUCGUCCGUGCUCAAGCCCAUGAGCGUCCAAAGCGACGGCCCCAUCUGCCGCAUCUGCCACGAGGGCGGCGGCGGCGAGCGGCUGCUGUCGCCCUGCGACUGCACCGGCACGCUGGGCACCGUGCACAAGAGCUGCCUGGAGAGGUGGCUGUCCUCCUCCAACACCAGCUACUGCGAGCUCUGCCACACCGAGUUCAGCAUCGAGCGCCGGCCCCGGCCCCUCACCGGGUGGCUGCAGGACCCCGGCCCCCGUAACGAGAAGCGGACGCUGUUCUGCGACAUGGUGUGCUUCCUCUUCAUCACGCCUCUGGCGGCCAUCUCCGGCUGGCUGUGUCUGCGGGGGGCCCAGGACCACCUGCAGCUGGGCAGCUGGCUGCAGGCGGUGGGGCUCAUCGCCCUGACCAUCGCCCUCUUCACCAUCUACGUCCUCUGGACGCUGGUCUCAUUCCGCUACCACUGCCAGCUCUACUCUGAGUGGAGGAGAACUAACCAGAAGGUGCGUCUGCUGCUCCCUGAGGCCCGGCCGUCCAGCGCCUCCCAGCACUCCCUGCUGUCCAGCAAACUGAAGAAGUCGGCCAGUGAGAGCAUAGUGUGAGACGGAGCUGCUGCCCGAGGCACCGCCCGCUGGCGGGAACUCAAAAAGCACUCGUGGGCUUUUGCUUUUCUUCCUUCCAUUUUUUUUUUUCCCUUUGCGUCUCUUUUUUUCAUGCGGCUUCUUAUGAGUUCCUCCUGCUGCCAGAGCAGAACCGGCCCACUCAGUGGAGGCUGCUCACAAAGUUUAUGCAAAAGCCCCGAGGGGGGGGGGGCUGUGGAGCCGUGAACAGGCUGGAACGGCCCCCCCGCGGCCGGCAGGA